AGAGGACUGAGCUUUAAAAUGGUUUAAAGACGAACUACAACAUAACAAUGGAUGCUCGUUGCUUUGUGAUAUAUUUUGGUUACCUAACCCUGCCUUAUGUUUUGUCUCAAGAACCAAUCAAUAAAAUGUUUACUGUGGGUGCAGAGGGUCCAACCCCAGACCUAGCUUGUCUUGUCGGCUUCCAUAGUAUAGAUGCAGAUUUUAAUUUUAGAGUAAACUGCUCUGAAGCUCACGAGAUUGAGAUUCCUAUCAGCUUUGACCGCAGGAAGGAACUAAAAUGGGAGAAAAAGAAGAAAACAUUAAGAUUUGGAACACAAGAGGACAAUACACCCUGGCCCCAGCCGGUCAACUCCUGGGUGUGUUCCACAACCCCCCAGGCAGGAACAGUCACCUUUAACUGUGUUCCAGAGAAUCAAGCUCCUGAGUGGUUUAGAGUUCCGAUCCUGGGACCAGCAUUAGGGGCCUGGCAGCGUAGGACUGGUUGUAACGGGGCUGUUUGUUACUGUAACCAUAAAGAUCUGUGUAACGACAGAAGUGCUGGGUCGUCUUUUCAUAUACCACAGAUUUUUCUUCUUUUUGUGCUUGUUCUUCAUCGAGACUAUCCAGUGAUCAUUUAUCAGUUCUAAACUUGUAUUCAGUAUUAAUUUUGAAUGUUCAAAUAUACAGAAUAUACAGCGAGACCUAUAAAACUGUGGAAAAGGAAGACGACUUCAAACACAAUUUAUGUCUAAUAAAUAUGAUACAAAGCAAUUGUGCAGUGUGCCCAGGGCUUUUUCAUUUAAUAGAUUGAUUUUCAAUCCAUCUGGUGAAACUAUUUGCUUGAUAACAUCCGUACAUAAGAGAUUGUUUAAAUGUCGUCUUCCACAUUUUUGUGUUUCCACUGAAGUUGAAUGAAAUUCGUCUUCGUUUAUUUAACAAAUUUACGACGGCGGAUUUGAUCCUGCAUUAUUCUGGUUCUUACUGUAUCUAUACAAACUAAUUUUGCUCAUUAUAACGACAAUCCUGCAAUUUGCUUUUUUUAAGUAAAGAAAAUCAAUCAUGUUACAAAGAUAUAUUUAUUAUGCUUUUGCAAAAUUUAAACAUAUUAUAGUUUAAGUCAAUGUCAAAUAUAAAUUUUAAAAUACAAGCUUUUAUUCUUAUAAAGCUUGCUUACCAUUUGCAUUCUGCAAUACAAAUAAAGAAAUCACUGGAUUAUUUUGAUUUAAUUAAACUUAAAUUCUGAAUUCCCAUUAAAUCAAAAAAGUCACUCUUGAUUAUUUUGUAUUUUAUAUCUCUAUUAAUUCUUUAAUUCAUACUUGUGAUCAUUAUGACAUUAUUAAUUUUACGCAAAUAAUCUAAAUAAAUUGUAUUAUUUUAACUGCUUAAACUUGUGAUUCUAUAAUUAUGUAGCUUUAACACAAAUAAAAAAUGUACAAGA